GGAAACCGAUUUAAACAUCCGCUGGUUGACUUGAUUUUUGUCCGCGCGAGCUGGGUUUUGUUUCGUGUUUAUUUUUUUUUUCUUCCAAAUACCUUUAAGUAUUCGCCUCCACCAUGAGCUGUGAUUACUACGAGACGCUAGAAAUAAACAGAGACGCAACAGACGCAGAUAUCAAAAUGGCAUACCGACGUCUCGCGCUGAAGUUUCACCCGAGCAGCAACCGAGAAGCUGGAAGCUGCGACAGAUUCGUCCAGCUGGGUGAAGCCUACGAUGUUCUCAGUGACCCGAGAAAAAAGGCGACCUAUGAUAAAUUCGGUGAGGAGGGACUCAAGGGUGGUAUCCCUGCCGAGUUUGCCAGCGGGGGAGCUUGGUCGUCCAAAUACAUCUACCACGGCAACCCUGACAAAACCUUCAGACAGUUCUUUGGCGGCGACAACCCAUUCGCAGACUUUUACACGACCGGAUCACUGCUCGAGUACAGCUUCCUGCAGGCAGGAGUGGAGAAGACACACGACUCUCCAAUAGAGCGAGAUCUCCAUUUGUCCCUGGAUGAUCUCUUCCACGGAUGCAUAAAGAAGAUCAAGAUAUCUCGCAGGGUUAUGAACGAGGACGGACACACUUCCAGUAUCAAGGACAAGAUCCUGACUAUAGAAGUCAAGCCUGGGUGGAAGGAAGGCACCAGAAUCAUUUUCUCCAAAGAGGGAGACCAGGGACCGCACUGCAUCCCCGCAGACAUUGUGUUUAUAGUGCGGGAGAAGACUCAUCAUCUGUUCACAAGACAACACAAUGACCUCAUCUACAAGGUCAAGAUCUCUCUGGAGAUGGCACUGACUGGCUUCAAUGUGGAUGUGCAGACACUAGAUGGCAGGCUACUCACCAUUCCUGUCAAUGACAUUGUGCACCCUUCGUACAAAAAAGUGCUGAGUGGAGAGGGGAUGCCACUUCCACAGGACCCUUCCCAGAGAGGGAACCUCAUCAUCGCCUUUGACAUCGAAUUUCCAGAGAAGCUCAGCGCUGAAAGCAAGACUCUGAUCAAGCACGCUCUAAGUUUGAAAUAUUGACAGCAGUUUAAUUAUAUAUGUGUUGCACUCCGAAAAGUAAGGCGUUUAUUUCAUAGGUAUGAGUUGGAAUGUGCCCUGAAAGGUAGCUUAAUGUAAGGAAGCUGUUACAUUUCAGCCAUCAGGUACGCUGCAGUGAUUAUAAUAAAGUUGUGCGGCUGUGAUUCGCUGCCAUCAAA